AUGGUUCCUAAGCACAGGAAGAAAUGGACAGUCGAAGAAAAAGCGGAGUCCAAACAUAACUCACAGGCACUGUCAGUUAUCUUCAAGUCUCUGCCUAGGGCUAUCUUCAAUCAGGUUCAAGGAUGUGAAGCGGCUAAGGAAGCAUGGGAUAUUCUGGUAGUCAUGUUUGAGGGGACAAGUAGGGUCAAACGUACAAGGCUGGAUAAUCUUGCAUCAGAUUUUGAAAACCUUCACAUGACUGAAACUGAGUCAGUCGCUGAUUACAGCAGUCGACUGAGUGGUAUUGCACAAGAAGCUGUAGUUUUGGGUAAACGGUAUAAGGAUAAGAAGCUGGUUAAGAAAUUCCUCAGAAGUCUGCCUGACAAGUUUCAACCACACAGGUCUGCUAUAGAUGUGUUGUUGAAUUCUGAUGAGCUCAAGUACAAUCAGGUGGUUGGUAUGAUGCAGGCGUUUGAGAUACAGUUGAAGAAGAAGGAAAAGGUAAAUGAGAAAUCUUUUGCCCUUAAAGCCAUAGAAGAACAGAAGCUUGCAGAAUCUCAGGAAGUUGCAGAUGAAGAAAAAGUAGGCUUGUUGGUUAAGAAGUACUUUCGCAAGAUGGAAAGGGGUCAGCGGAAGGGAACACCAUCGCUCAUGAAAUCCGAUACUGAUAAGGAGAUCAGGAAGAGUGACAAGCAAGAACAAGAAGAAGAUGAUGUGGUGUUGGAAACCAAGAACAUAAAUGAGAAGGUGCAAUCUGAUUCAGAUGGAGAAGAGCCUGAUUUGUCGGUAGAAGAUCAAAUAGAGCUUCUCAUCAAGACAGUGCUACAGAAAACUCAAGACAACACCCAGUUGAUUUCUGAAAGAGUUACUCUGCAACUGCAUAUUGCAAUGAUCACAAAAGAACUAAGUGAAGAGAAGGCCAAGAUGCUGCGACAUGAAAAGCAGUUAGAAGAACAGCUGAAGAAUAUCAGAAUUCUGAAUAAGGGAACUAAAAAUCUGGAUACACUGCUUAGCACUGGAAGAUCUAGCAAUCUGAAGUGGGGAUUGGGUUAUCAAGGAGCGAACACCAACACAACCACUCAGUUUGUCAGAGGGAUGGAAUCUGAGCCCAAGCUGAUCGAGAAAAAAUUCUCUACAACGACUAGACCAUAUGAUCAGCGCUCUGGGAAGCAGAAUCCGAGAAUCCCAAGGGGGAGGGUGCAGCCGGAGCAGUCUACUAGACCACCGUAUGUCUCAAGUGGGUUUCAGCGGAUGGCUCAAAGACCUGCUCAGCUUAGUAGAAGAAAAAGAUGUUGGUACUGUGGACAUCUAACUCAUUAUAAAGCUCAGUGUUAUCAAUUCCAGAAUCGGGUAUCUAGUUUGAUGCAACGUGGUGAGUUUUAUCCAGUUGUGAGAAGAAACACUCAGGGGUAUGUCAGGAAAGAUGAUCUCUACUGUCAUAUGGCUGUCACAGCAGAAAAAUCAGAGGUUGACCAGCCGAAGUGGUACUUUGACAGUGGAUGCUCUAAGCAUAUGACUGGUGCCCUAGACAAUCUAUCUCUUUUAGAAGAUGUUGUUGGCGGAAGAGUUACUUUUGGUGAUGGAAGAAAGGGAACAAUCCGAGGAAAAGGUACAACUAGUGGUGUUUCUCAACCACAUCUUAAGGAUGUUUUCUUGGUCGAAGGGUUGAAGGCAAAUCUGAUAAGUAUUAGCCAGUUGUGUGAUGAAGGUCUGGAUGUCACAUUCACCAAGAAGGGGUGCAAGGCUGUUGAUCAACAAGGAUCAGUAAGACUCAGAGGCAGGAGAUCUGGUAAUAACUGUUACAUGUGGAAAUCGUCAAUGCAGUGCUUUAACGCAACUACUGAGUUGGAUGCAGAGCUGUGGCACCAGAAACUUGGUCAGUUGAAUGUGUGCACAAUGGAGAAAUUGGCAAAUCAAGAAGUUGUACGUGGACUGCCAAAGCUGAAGACUGAUCUACACUUUCUUAAAAGUGAUGAAGGUAUCCUUCUGGGCUAUUCUUGA